AUGCAGCCGACGCUCAACCCGCGCGGCGCGGGCGAGCGCGACUGGGUGCUUGUUGAGAAGUGGAGCGUCAAGGUCAUGCACCGCCACGAGCGCGGCGACGUGGUCGUGCUCUGGGCCCCCGACGCGCCCCACCAGCAGAUUGUGAAGCGACUGCUCGCGCUGGAGGGGGACACGAUUGACGUGCCAGGGGAGGGCGCGGUCACGGUGCCUGAGGGCCGCUGCUGGGUGGAGGGAGACAAUGGCAAGGAAAGCCUCGACUCACGCUCUGCCUACGGCCCGGUGCACAUGGGUCUGCUUGAGGGGCGCGUGGCGUACAUUGUGUGGCCCCCCUCACGCAUGCGGCGCGUCAAGCCGGCAUGCCCCCCUGGGCGGCUGCUGCACGCCGCCGGCGCCGGCGAGCCCGAUGCGCUGUGA